AAAUUGACUCAUGGGAGAAGUGCCGCUCAACGGUGUCGACCGUCGAGUCAAGCUACUGCUCACCGCAAACUUAGACCCUUGCGGCAUAUUGUUGUCCGCCUUAUAAUCCGAUCGACGGCGAGACACCCCGAUUCCCGCCGGAGGACGAAGACGAUACGGUACCCGUGGGCAAUCGGAUCUUGGCAUUAUAGGCAGGUCGUAAAAGCUCGGUCCCCGCCGUGUUGGAGUAUUGUUUACAGGAUUUCGAGGUUGGCAGGAUCGAUACGGCGAUCUCUUUUUUGCAUAUCCUUCUCGAUCGGGGCAUCGAUCGACAUGGGCGAUGCCGGCGAAAUUCGUCUGCAGAUCGCAGACGAUGCAGGUACCGGAGGCGAAGAAGCUGAUAUAGACACGUCUCCUGCAACCGCGGCGCCGCCGCCGAUCUCGAAGCGCCUGCAAUGGUGGGCGCUGGUGGUCGUCAACAUCGUGUUCGUCCUCGCCGGACAGAGCGUGGCGACCCUCCUCGGCAGGAUCUACUACGACCAGGGCGGCGGCAGCCUGUGGAUGGCCACGUUGGUGCAGUCCUGCGGCACGCCAAUCGCCAUCCCGCUGCUCCUCUACUUCGGGCGGCGGCGUCCCAAGUCCACCAGGGCGGCGCGGCCGCCGCUCCUGAAGAUCGCUGCCAUCUACGCCGGCCUGGGGAUCCUCCUCGCCGGCGACAACCUGAUGUACUCCUACGCGCUCCUCUACCUGCCGCUGUCGACCUACUCGCUCAUCUGCGCCACCCAGCUCUCCUUCAACGCCGUCUUCUCCUACUUCAUCAACAAGGAGAAGUUCACGGCGCUCAUCCUCAACUCCGUCGUGCUGCUCACCUUCUCGGCCGCGCUCGUCGGCGUGAACAACGGCUCGGACGGGACCAACAGCAGCGUCCCGGCGGGGAAAUUCAUGGCCGGGUUCGCGCUCGCGCUGUCGGCUUCAGCGGUCUUCUCCCUGAUCCUGUCCCUGAACCAGCUGACCUUCGACAAGGUGCUCAAGAGCGACACCUUCUACGACGUGAUGGAGAUGCAGUUCUGGAGCAACACCGCCGCCGCCCUCGUGUCCGUGGCCGGCCUGUUCAUCUCCGGGGAGUGGAGCACCCUGGGCGGGGAGAUGCACGGCUACAAGAAGGGCGCCGUGUCCUACGGGAUGACGCUGGCGUGGACCGCCAUAUCGUGGCAGCUCACCACCAUGGGCAUGAUGGGGCUCGUCGCCGCCGUGUCGUCGCUCUUCAGCAACGUGAUCAGCACCGUCGGGAUGCCGCUGGCGCCGGUUAUCGCGGUCAUUUUCCUCAAGGACAAGAUGGACGGGGUUAAGGUGCUCGCGAUGCUCAUUGGCCUAUGGGGGUUCGCCUCCUACAUCUACCAGCACUUCCUUGACGAUGCCAAGAUUAAGAAGAUUCUAGCUGAGAGUUCAGCGGACGACGACGAACACCAGACUGUAAAACUCGCCACAGAGUGAUUGGAUUUUGCAAGACUUCAAGUACAGACCCUGCUCGUACUUGUGAUUGAUCACGUUGGUAUACUGUAGAGAUCUCAAUACUAUAUGGAGUACGUACUGUACCAUAAAUUUCAAAAGAUCCUAUCACAGUGGGUCUUCAGAAGAAAACAGUAUAGAGAAUAGAAGUUUUUAUCGGUGCCCACUGUAUAGUAGAUUAUUAUGAAAAAACAUCAGUUCAGACUUGUUCUGACUUCUGAGUGUACAUUUUUUCCUGAGUGUACAUAUUAUCUCCCUGUCA